AUGCCCGGAGAACGCGUCCUGUCCCGGGACCCCACGGACAUGCGCAAAGUCUCUCAGAAGCGCGUGCGACAGGAUGCACCGGUGUUGUGCCAGACACAUCCCUGCCUGGUAGAUAUUUUCUUCACCAGUAGGUGGCUUUCUACCCAUUCUUACACACUGCUUCGCUCCCUGGCACAGGCAAGUGAUUUUGCCUACCAUAAGACGCACACAUCUCUUCAAACCUGCACAGCAAGGCUCCAGUUACAUGUUUACCUAAAUCAGGCUGCCUCGGGAUACAGCAAAAUCUACCCAGCAUUUCAAGAUGUCAACGUCAUGGUGAUUUUUGGCUUUGGCUUCCUCCUGGCCUACUUGAAGAGGUACGGCUUUAGCAGCAUUGGAUUCAACAUACUGGCAGCUGUGCUGGGGGUUCAGUGGACUGUGUUCCUGGAAAGAUUUUUAUUCCCAGACAAAAGAGAGAAGCAUCUGCCCAGCAUUUUAACGGCCUCCAUGAGUGUUGUCGCUGUGUUAAUCUCGGCUGGAGCUGUGUUGGGCAAGGCCAACCCUUUUCAGCUGAUUUGCAUGGCGAUGGUGGAGAUGACUGCUUUCUGUGCUAGCAGAUGGACCAACGUGUACAUCCUGGAGAUUGAGGAACAUGUAAGCCUGAUGCAUGUUCACAUAUUUGGGACCUUCUUUGGUUUGAUGGUCUCCUGGUGGCUCACUCAGGCUUCGCUGAGAAGAGAGACUGGAAAGGAGGACUCUGAUGUAACUUCUGAUUUGUUUUCAGUGUUGGGCACUCUCUUCCUUUGGAUGUUCUGGCCAAGCUUCAACUCUGUGCUCGUUGAUGGGGUGGUGAAAAAGAGGAACGCAAUCCACAACACCUACUAUGCUAUUGCAGUCAGUGCUGUCAUUGCCUUUGCACUGUCUGCCUUGACCAACAAGAAUGGAAAACUCCAGAUGACCCACAUCCACGGUGCAACGCUGGCCGGUGGGGUUGCUCUUGGCUUCUCCGCUCACAUUAUUCACAGUCCUUGGAUUGCAAUGGUUUUGGGUUUCCUUGCUGGUGUGAUCGCAGUACUGGGACCUUACUUUGUCAAGAUGUGUUUGAAUUCGGCAGUAAAGAUGUACGACACCUGUGACAUUCCUUGCAUGUUUGGGAUGCCUGGAUUGCUGGGAGCAAUAGCCUAUGUCAUCCUCUUCGUAAUAUACAACUGGAACAACUUGCCAGCGGGUUAUCCAGCCUUGAUUGAAGUGGGUUCUCUGAGCAUCACCAUCCUUGUGGCCGUGAUAGCGGGCUUUAUUACAGGUAUCCUUUUAAAGCUGAAUAUAUGCAAGGCACCACCUGUAUCAAAGUUCUUUGAUGACCAGGUAUACUGGGAGUUUCCCCACUUGGCUGUUGGAUUUUGAACAGAGGGACCCAAAUUACAUUAAGGUUAAACCAAAAUGAGGAAGCUUUCUGUUCUCCACUACAGAAAACUAAUGAACAUGUGAAAAAGAAGGAAGUCAAGUAGCAUUCCUGUUCUUCAAAAAAGUAGACAAUAUUUUAAUAAGCUGUUUUUAUUCGAUUAUAUUGUAUAUGAAAUUACACAUCAAAUAGUUUAUCCUUUCUGCUUUGGUGAAUCUUGCUUUCAGUAUUUUCUGUAGUAAGGUCUGUGCAAAGAUUUGUUGCACCCAUUUAGCUUUGAUUUGUUAUAACUUAAGAUGCACAUAGAUUUUAAUGAAGGAAAAUGUUUUUUGAUUCCAGACUUGGGAAGCUGUAAUACAGGGGUGGCCAACCUGCGGCUCUGGAGUCAUAUGUGGCUCUUCAGAAGUGAAUAUGCAUUUCCUUGAAUCUUUGCACAAGCACACGUGGUCACGAUGUAGUUGUGCAAAGAUUCAAGGAGAUACACAUUAACUUCUGAAGAGCCGCAUGUGGCUGCAGGAUGGCCACCCCUGCUAUAAUUACGCAGCUGAAGGGCUUAACUCUACAGGUCCUGAGUACUUUGGUCCUGAUUCAGCAAUUCAGAUAUGGUGGUACCUGUUAUUAAGCAAAAGUAAUCCAGCUGAGAUCCAUAGAAAGCACCUGGUUGAAUGUGUUCCUGGAUCAGGGCCAGAUCACUUAGCAUCUUGAGGAAGUAGGCCCUAAAUUAGCUGAUAAAGGCAGAUUUCCUGUAGCCGCUAUGGCUUAGGUCAGCUGUCUGGGAGUUCAGGUGGCAAGAAACUCAUUUAGGAAUAAAAGGCUUGAUUCUGCAUCUUUUACUCACUUGACUGGUGAAAAAUCAAGUCAGAGGCCUUAUGUAGGCACAAGUUUCAGCAAUAGACCAAAUGUACUUGGCUACUUGUUGGGGCUGCAGGUGCUUGGCUCCUCAAAUGACUAGGCCCACUGCAGACAACAGGAGAAUUCCUUUGGCUAAACUGAAGUGGUCAUGGAAAAUCUCGUUCACUUGAAUAAAUGCACAAGUAAUCCCAGUGACUUGAAUGGGGCCAGCUGAGUGAAUAAAGAUUUGUAGGAUCAGGCUCUUAAUGUGUAUCAAGCAGUGCUGAACACCAGUGUUCAUUUUUAGUUGGUAUCUUCUGCUCUUUUUUUUAAUGAGAUCUUUAAUAAUUUGGUACCAUGUUUUAACUCGGGGGUGGGCAAAAUGUGGCCGACGGGUUGGAUGCAGCCCGCCAAGCCAUUCUCUCCAAUACUUAUCUGCCCCUGGCUGCCUGUUGUGCGGCUCUCGAUAACUUGCCAAAACUCAGUAAGCGGCCCUCCGCCCAAAAUAAUUGCCUGCCCGUUUUAACUCCUGAAAACAUUUUAAGGGAAUAAUGCAAAUAGCUGCAAUAUUUUGGAUGUGAAAAUGCUUCUAGAACAUAAUCUAUUUUUAUCGUACUUCAAAAAUUUGCCUGACAAUGUCGUGCCUACUCUAGUUACAAGUAAGACUUACAUUUUGAUGGCAAGAUGGUGACUAGCAGGCAUCUCUGACAAGGUGAAGUCUUCUGGUAUAGUUGGCUUAGAUCCUGCUGUGGGCUCUGCGUGAAGAGAUGCCUCUGUCCACAUAAAACAUCUUGCAGGAUGAUUGGGAUUUUGAUUACUUGGUUUUGUCUGUUUGAGAAUUUCUCUCACGCAGCUCUUUUGUUGUCAAUGGAAUAAAACAUAUGCAAGUACUGGC